UUUACUGUAGUAUCGCAGCAGCCCACCUUUGAAAUUUCAUCAAAAAAAACUGUUUGUUAGUUAAAAGUAGGUUUGCUUAUGAUCAUCGUUGGCGGCAUUUUCUUGAUUUUAAAUGUCUGAUGGCUUUGAACAACAGAAGAAGAUGUUCAAAAACUUUAGGAAUUCGCUGUAGAGGUAUGCUUUUGAACUGGAGGUUUGGAUCUUCUGAUUGGUUUUCUCUGAAUCAGAAUAAUCUAAAUGAAGGGCAGUCUCAGGUUCAAGAAUUCAGGAACCCCUUUUCUUGAGAAGCAAUACAUCUUCACUCUGGCGGCUGCCGUGUGUUGCAUUCAAACAUGGACUUAAGUAUUCAAUGUUUCUGCAUAGAUUUUGAUGCGAACAGAGGAAAGAAUCCGAGAAAUACGCAAACGGGUUUCCCAUAAAUGCCUUGUAGAAAGAGCCUAUUGGAUGUUUUAUUGAGUGUUCUUCAGCAAUCAAGAAAUCUCAAGUGCGAAGAUGACGGUUGAGAGGUUGAGUUUGGGAAGGAAGAAUGUGGUUGUGGGAAUAAGAUUGGACGCCCAUGCUCAAGAGUUGCUGGAUUGGGCAUUGGUGAAAGUCGCUGAUCCGGGAGACAGUGUGGUGGCUAUUCAUGUUUGCAGGAAUUCCGAUUGUAUUUCUAAGGAGAAAACCGUGUUGGAUGGUUACUUGGAAGACUAUGAAGGUCUAUGCAGCCAAAAGCAGGUUGCUCUUAGUACUGAAGUCUUGAAAGGAUAUUCACUCAGAAAAGCUCUGGCUAGACAGGCAAAGAACCACAGUGCAUCAGCUGUUGUUGUUGGGAUCAAUAAGCAUAGUGCUUUGGGGGGAUGGGCUUCGAUUGCUAAGUAUUGUGCCAAGAGACUACCUCCAACGACUGAAGUUUUGGCAAUUUACAAUGGGAAAGUUGUUUUCAGCAGGCAUUCCGAAAUCCAAUUAGAAGGUCCUGGUUUAGAUCCAAAGCCAAGUUUUUGUAUGAGCGAUAACCUCCCAUUCAGAGACAAUUAUUCUGAGUUUGGAGAAUCAGAGAUAUCAGAAAUGAGUAGGUUCAGUUUUGAUGGAAGAGAUGGAAACAUAAAUUCAAAAGACGACGUUGUAAGCUCUGUUGGAAGCCACAAGAGAGGUUCUCUAAGUUCGAUUUCACUUCCUGCACAGGAUUUUACAAAGCAAAGGCCUGGUUGGCCUCUGCUUCAGACAGCUAGUUCAGUAAAUCAACAAGCAUUAGAAGCAAGAAAAAUGUCGGUUGUGCAAUGGGUAAUGACUUUACCACAGCGAUCGUUGUCUGAUAUUUCUGAAUCCAACUCCCUUACAAGUUCGAAGACUGAUGAUUCUCUUGAAGGAGAAAGCGGAAAGGUGUUCGAGAUAAGUACAAUAGACAAACUAGCCAGUCAGCAAGAGCUGCCCAAGGAUUUGGAACUUAUACUUGUCAGGAAUCUGGUGGGCUGCAAAUUAUUCGGCCAUGAUGUUCUGAAAAUAUCUACAUCCGAGUUCUCCUCAGGAAAUCUUAUUGGAAAAGGAGGUUGUAAUUCUGUAUACAAGGGAAUUCUUCCUGAAGGCAAAACAAUAGCAGUAAAACUAUUGCAGUCCUCAAAAGAAGCCUGGAAGGAUUUUAUCCAGGAGGUUGAUAUAAUGACCACAUUGAAGCAUAAAAGAAUUGCACCUUUGCUUGGAAUUUGCAUAGAAGAUAAUGAUCUAAUCUCCGUUUAUGAUUUUAUGCCAAAGGGGAACUUGGAAGAGAAUUUGCGUGGUGAUAGAAAGGAAAAGUCUAUGCUGUCGUGGGAAGCAAGAUUUCAAAUAGCUGUUGGGGUUGCUGAAGCACUAAACUACCUGCAUAAUGAAUGCCCGAGACCUGUGAUUCAUAGAGACAUCAAGUCUUCAAAUAUUCUCCUAACUGAUGAAUUAGAACCACAGUUAUGCGAUUUUGGAUUGGCAACAUGGGGACCUACAACAGCAUCUUUUCUGACGGACAGUGAUGUGGUAGGAACAUUCGGCUAUCUCGCUCCCGAGUAUUUUAUGUAUGGUAAAGUUAGCGACAAGAUUGAUGUAUAUGCUUUCGGUGUAGUUCUACUAGAAUUACUAUCAGGGAGGAAACCAAUUGGUUUAGAAACUCCAAAGGGCCAGGAAAGCUUAGUCAUGUGGGCAAAACCUAAACUAGAAAGCAAGGAUUACAAGAGUAUAUUGGAUCCAAAUUUGGAUGGAAACAUCAAUGAGGCUCAAAUGCAAAGAAUGGCUGUAGCUGCAGCACUUUGUCUAACUCAAGCAGCCCGUCUUCGUCCCAAAGUGUGCCAGAUACUAAAUAUCCUGAGAGGAGAGGAAGUUGUUGAUGGAGGAAAACCGAAUUGUGGGAUUUACGAUGAUUCAGAAAAUCAAGAUUUUAAUGAUGAUGAAGUUUAUCCAGAUUCAAGUGCAGAAUCCCAUCUAAGUCUUGCGUUGCUUGAUGUAAAUGACAACUCUACAUCGUCAUUCAGCAGCAUUGACCAAAGCAGCCCCCGUUAUGUUGAACAGUUGUUGAAGAGAAGAUUGAUCGUCAGAUCAUCAAGUAUGGAUUAGUUGUCUUUGUACAAAUUAAGCAAAGAUGAGCGUUGCACCCAAGUCGAGGUGGUUUGCAUAUGUAAUCAGAAUGAGUUUUUUUUUCUUUUUUUUUUGGUGGUGAUUUAUUAAACAAAAAAAAAAAAAAAGAAAAAAAGAAA